AUGGUUUCCUCUUCACUGCCUUUAUUUCCUCAACUGGCAGAGAUGAGCGACGAAGAAAAAUACGGCAUAGUCGCUCGUUUUAUACCCUGCGACUUGUGCUCAACGUGUAAAGGCUGGCAUCCUUACGAGAGCAAUCAAGCCAACUGCCAGUGUGGACACGAUACCUUUCACCACAUUGAUAAUGCGCAAGACUUGGACCGCAGACUCAAGGUCGCAUUUAGACUGAACGAAUUGCUCGAAGAAAAAGGGAAAAUGGACGAUUACGAUUACGAAGACCAAGACAUUCUCUCCCUGAAAAAACAAAUUUUGUACAACGCAUCGCGAAUGGAAUCCAUCUCUGAUGGCUCUUCUUUAUCGCCUCAAGACCUGAAAAGAAAUAGAGACGCUGCUUCUUUGAACGACAAUGACAACGCAAACCAUGACAGCAAAAGGAUGAGAUCAGAAACUGCGCAACAUACUGACACCGAGAACGAAAAUGAGGAUGAGGAGGAAGACGAAGAAGAGUUCCAGGAAGAAGAAGAAGAGGAAGAAUCAGAAGAGUCGGAAGAGGACGAGGAGGAAGAAGAUGAGGAAGAAGAAGACGACGAUGAGGAAUCGGAAGAGGAAUCAGAGAAAGAGGCAGAGUCUGAAGACGACCAUGAAGAGUUUGAUGAUCAAGCAGACAACGACAAAGAAGCAGAUCAAAAGCCAUCUUCACCACCCAAAGACACAAAUAAAGCGCCAAAUCAUGAUGUGAAAACGGACGAUCAGACAGUCUUGGAGACAGAAGAUGCUAAAGAACUGCCACGUGGAAAUACAAAUGCUGAUCAGAAAAGGCCCGUGGUGAAGACAGAGACAAAUAUGGACCUGGAUCCGCCUGCGAUAGAAUUGAUCACAAAUGAAGAGCAAAACCUACCUACCACUACUGCGACUACAUCCCCUACACCGACUACUAAUACCACUAAUACAACGACUACAACAACAUCAGCAUCAGAAAAUGGCAACAACACCACAAAUGACCAGGAGGAAGACGAUGAUGCAAUUAUACCAGAUGUGAUUUUCAAGAAUGAAGAUAUUGCAGCAGACUCACAGGAGCAAGACGACGAAGUGAGUCGGAUGUUGAGAGAGUUCAUGCCUGCAGAAAAAAAAGAGAGUCCUGCUAUGAUUGAAGAGAGGCAAGGCGACAUCAAGACGCAAGUAGUGCUGAAUGAUGGUGCACGACAAAGCAUGAUCUUGUUGACAGGGCUGAAAAAUAUCUUUCAAAAGCAAUUGCCCAAAAUGCCGAAAGAUUACAUUGCUCGAUUGGUCUAUGACAGAAAUCAUCGAAGCAUAGCAUUGAUCCGUAAUCCACACAAGGUGAUAGGCGGUAUUUGCUAUAGACCGUUUGACGAGCAAGAGUUUGCAGAAAUUGUAUUCUGUGCGGUUGCCUCCACAGAACAAGUCAAGGGCUAUGGUUCGUUCAUUAUGAAUCAUUUGAAAGACUAUGUAUCUGGCCAUACAAAUGUCAAGCACUUUUUGACUUAUGCUGACAACUUCGCUGUUGGCUAUUUCAGAAAGCAAGGAUUCACCACAGAAAUUACGCUGGACAAACGAAAAUGGGUUGGUUACAUUAAGGAUUACGAGGGUGGCACCAUUAUGCAGUGCACCAUGGUGCCUCGCGUCAAAUACCUUCAAGUGCAGGACAUUUUAGGAAUUCAGCGUAAUGCGAUUUUGAAAAAGAUACAAGAGCAGUCCACAGAGCAUGUAACAUAUCCUGGUCUACGCAUGCCGAUCAACAAGAACGGCAAGCGAUCCAUUAAUCCAUUAGAAGUACCGGGGAUCAAGGAUUCUGGAUGGACACCAGAGAUGGAUAUAUUAUCAAACAAACCUAGACAUUCGCCCUACUACCAUCAAAUGGUACACAUUGUAGAAGAGAUGCAAAACUAUACACAUUCUUGGCCGUUCCUGGAGCCUGUCAGUGUAGAUGAUGUAGCAGAUUACUAUGACAUUGUUAAGGAUCCGAUGGAUCUGGCUACAUUGGAAGAAAACGUCAAAGCAGACGCUUAUCCUACAAUGGAAGAUUUUGUCAAAGAUACACAAAAGAUUUUUGAAAACUGUAAAUUGUACAACGCUGAAGAUACCGAAUAUGCCAAAUGUUCAGCUAAAUUGGAAAGGUUCUUUAAUGAAAAAGUGCGUGCUGCCACUAGAACUAAAAAUGAAUAA